UACUGUCCGUUUUUUUAAUCUUAAGUUUGCGUUCUUUGUCAAGUUUUAUUUACAUUACUCGUGCCAUAAAGUUGUUUAAGCAUUUAACAUGUAGACAGUACUUUUACUAGCGGAGUAUUUACGGUGAUAUCGAGUUACUAUACAAUUGUUGUAUCAUUACUUCGGGGGAUGUAGUAUUCAUUUUAUGUUACUUCAGGUAUCUAUUUAUAAAAAGAGACGAAUUUUACACAUUGUGAUCUCAAAGUGUGAUGAUUUCAUCUUGAUAUUUUAACAUGAUUUGUUACUGAUAUAAUAUCAGUGUGAAUUGGAAUGUUACAGAUUAUAUGAAACUGAUUGACAAAAGAAAGAAACAGAAAGGAGGGGUAAAAGAAAUAGAUUUCAAGGACGGAGGUAAUGCAAGGAAAUCAAGGCCAUCCUGGGAUGGCGGGACAUUCGGGCCAUGACAGUUUGGCAGGAAAUUCGGGUCACACUGAUAUGACGGGACACUCCGACCACAAUGCUGUAAUGUACAGCCAUAAUAGGUUUUUACAGAUGCACACAUCUGCCAGAUUGAUUGUUGAAGAGUGGAGCUCUGAAUCGAUAUACG